AGCAGGAAAUAAAAAGAAAUUUUUGUUCGUAUAUAACAAAUAGUGUUUGUGUCACUAGUUAGCCUUGAAUUUGCACGUUACAAGUUCGAAACUUUUAAGUAGUACCUAACGAGAAAAGUAAAUCUAUAUCAUCCUUGAAAAAAGCUAUGUUUGUAUUAAUACCGAUCUCGUAGCGUGUUCACUAAUUAUGCUUUCCAACUUAAUCUUCAUCAAAUUCUGCAUUUAUUUUUAUGCAUAGUUAGCAAGGUUAAAGAAUCCGCUUUGCGUAAGGCGGGCGUUGGGGGUCUUGCCUUAUCAUGCAUAGCCGCUGGAGGUAGAAAUAGUAAUUCGUACUAAAUGAAAUAGAUGUUCUACUGCACUUCUACUUUAGUUCAAAUUAUUAUGAACUUACUCAACACUUAAAAAAUACAAAAAAAAACAUAUUACAAACUCGUAGAACCGUAGCUUAUUAUCUCACAAAGUUCUAUGAUUAUUGAAAAGAUUAAUUUCAUUUUGUUAUUGAUUACCGAAGACGAGGUGUCGUCGUCCAUCAUCGCCCCAUUUUGGAUUGCAAACUCGCCAAAAAAAAUUUCCCAAACAUAACAUUUUGAUGUUGCCUACACCUAGACCUGGCUUAACCACAUCUUUUUUGUAGCAUGAUAAUAAAUAGGGAAAAUAUAAAAAGAAAAUUAUGAACAAUUUCACCUAUUGCCACUAUAUAUAAUUCCACUUCCUUAGUAGGGAAAGAAACAAGCCAGGAAAUGGCCAAUUCCACCGACCGGCAGCUUCACGUCUACUUCUUCCCGUUCCUCGCCCACGGCCACCUAAUCCCGACCGUCGACAUGGCCAAGCUCUUCGCCGGCCGAGGCGUCAAGACCACCAUCGUCACCACCCCUCCCCACUUCUCCGCCGCCACCACCACCGGCCCAGACAUCCAGACCCGGCUCCUCGACUUCCCGGCGGCCGAGUUCGGGCUGCCGGCGGAGUGCCAGAACCUCGAGUUCAUCUCCGCCCACAACAAAGGUUGGGAAGGCGUCUCCCAAUUCACACGCGCCACCGUCGCGCUCCGUGAGCCCUUCGAGAAGCUCCUGGAGCAGGACCGGCCGGACUGCCUCGUCGCCGACAUGCUCUUCCCGUGGGCCACCGAAUCCGCCUCCAGGUUCGGAAUCCCGAGGCUGAUCUUCCACGGCACCAGCUUCUUCGCCCUGGCCGCCGGUGAGGCCGUGGCGACCCACGAGCCGCAGAACGGCGUCUCCUCGGACGACGAGCCGUUCGUCAUCCCCGGACUUACCGACGAAGUCCGGUUUACCAGGCGGCAGCUGCCGUCACGACAGACCACUGGAAGCAACGAGAAGGAGGAGGACUUCAUGUUUGAGUUUUUCAAGAGGGUAGGGGAGUCAAGCUCGGAAUGUUUCGGGACGGUGGUCAACAGCUUCUACGAGCUCGAGCCUGCCUACGCCGACCAUUACCGGAGGGUUCUAGGUAGGAGAUCGUGGCACGUGGGCCCGGUCUCCCUUUGCAACGCGAACGACAGAGCAGUCCGCGGAAAGGAAGCCACAAUCGACCGCGACGAGUGUCUAAAGUGGCUCGACUCCAAGGAACCGAACACCGUCGUCUACAUAAGCUUCGGGAGCCUCGUGAAGUUCAGCGUCGAGCAAAUGAGGGAGAUCGCGAUCGGGAUCGAGGCGUCCGACUGCCAGUUCAUAUGGGUGGUCAGAGAGUGUCAACAAGAUGAUGGCAACAACUGGCUGCCAAAAGGAUUCGAAGACCGGACGUCAGGGAGAGGGAUGAUAAUCCGAGGGUGGGCGCCACAGGUCCUGAUCCUGGACCAUGCGGCCAUCGGCGCACUGGUGACGCACUGCGGAUGGAACUCGACGCUCGAGGGGGUCGCGGCGGGCUUGCCGAUGGUGACAUGGCCCGUAAUGGCGGACCAGUUUUACAACGAGAAGCUGGUGACGGAGGUGGUGAAGAUUGGGGUUUCGGUGGGCUCUCGGGAGUGGUCGGUUGACGGAGGAGGGACGGUGGGGCACGCGGCGGUAGAGAGCGCUUUGAGGCGCGUCAUGUCGAGGGAAGUUGAAGAGGUGAUGGAAAUGCAUCGGAGAGCUAAAGCUCUCGGGGAGAUGGCGAGGAAAGCUGUGGAAGAAGGUGGAUCGUCUUACUCAGAUCUGGGUGCUUUGAUCGAGGAGUUGAGAUCGCAACGUGAUGAACAUUAACGUGGAAUGUUAAGAGUUAAAAUCAAUACAUCUUUUCAGUAGGAUGUAAUGAAUGAAUAAUUUUUCAAUUAGCUACACGUGUCGAAUAACAUGUUGCUUAACAAACGUGGUUCGUUUGGGAUUCAAACGCACAAGUCUCGGUUUUCAAAGACUUGGAUAAUAAUAUCAAGAACCGGUUGAUUUCAAUAACUCGAGUUAUUGAGAGACGUUAAUUUAUGAAUCUUAUACCCUUGACUAAUACGGCAUCCCUCUCGCGAACGAAAGCCUUCUCAUACGUGCUUGAAGUUCGCACGGAUUCGAAUGCCCUAUACUUAAUAAACAUGGGUUGUCGGCAUCCCAACACAAGACCUUCUCUCGAUCGUCAAAAGUUCUGGAUAUACAGUCUAGAACCAGUUGGUAAUAUCGGUUCUACUUUCCCAUGUACAUCUUAUUUAUUUAAUAUUUACUAUGUCUUCUCGGCAUCGUCUUAUUUUCCUGCACUCGUGGCCCUCUCCCUACUCGGCUUUUCUUUAUUGCUGUCUCGUGGCUCUCCACUCUUGCUAUGAGAGGAACGAAGUAGCUCGAACAAAGUGAGAGGAACGAAAGCACUUAGAACCAAAGAGCAGGUGUCUUGAGUCUCGAAAACUGUUGUGGAAUGAAGAGGACGACAAAGGUAAUAAUGCAGAGAUGACAUAUCCCUAUCCCUUUCCCUUUCCCUUUCGUCGUAGAAGACUAGAAGUGAGUGGAAAAUUAGGACUCCAAUUCCCCCUCUUAGCUAUCAUCAUUUUUAACCAAAGGAAAUGGAAAGGAUGUAGUACCAGCUGCCAAGGACUGAUUGUCAAAAAUAAUAACAAGGAUGGGAGAUGUCGUCGCGAAAAGUAGUGGUGGUGAUAGUUGCGGUCCUAAAUAUGGAGUGGAGCAGUAAAGGGGACCAAUCUAAUCACUAUGUAUAUAUGGUUGUCAGAAAGAAAAUUUGUAUUUCGCUAGGUUGUGACGCCUAUCCAAUACAUAUCAAGUUAUCAACAUGUACUUUUUUGAAACAAAUGGUUUCCAUAGAUUUUUGCGUGGAAUUUGGCUUGAAAGUAAAACUGAAUUUUGGUGUGGCCUUUCUCAAGCUUUUGGUAAAUCUGAUUUUUCUGAUGGGAAGAAGAUGAGUGUAUUUCGAUCUUGGUAUAUUGAGGAUCACAAGCUCUAUUUUUUUUUUUUUUUACAUACUAGUCUCAUUUAGAGCUCGCAUAAAAUCCUAGGUAGGUAAGUUUCCAGGUUCCAACCAUACUGGUACAUUGUACAUAUCAAUGCACAGGGAGGGGGCGGGUUAAAGGGAGGUGUGCCGCUGUCCGGGAUUACGUUGAAAAAUUCAAUGUUUCGGCACUAUAAAAUUUCGUAUUGAAAUUGAAUGGAUUGCACAUUGACUUCUUGAAAAACGAUUAAACAAACACAGUUCACACCUCCUUGAGCAAAGUUCAAACAGGGGUGUUCGAUUUCACAUAGGAAUGGCAAUGGGGCAGGUCCGGGGCGGGUAUCUCGAUACCCAUACCCGCCCCGUGCCGGGCUGGGUCGGGUAAUUUAUCAUGGGGCGCGGGUCGGGGCAGGUCGAACCAUUGGGUAUAUAAUUUAUGGGAAAAACAUUAAAAUUAUUCGUUAUUUUAAUUAAAAGAUCGAGAAAGAUAGCAUAAUUUGAUAAAAUGUAGUUAAAUUA